AUGCGUCCCAUUGCCUCGCAGCUUUUAGGCAAGACUGGUGUUGGAGGCAGCCGUUUGAACCCUGCAACUGCAGCCUUGCUGCUCUUCCUGUAUCUUGGCUUCUCUCCCUCUGUGGCCACUUGCCCACCCUACUGCCUUUGUGCCAGUGAUAUAAUUUCCUGCAGUGGACGCAAUCUGUCUGCUCUGCCCUCUGAUCUCCCAAGCUAUGCCACACGGUUGGAUCUGAGCCACAAUACCAUCACUGUCCUGCCUGUGGACUGGAUUUCCCAACCGUUCGAACGCCUUGCUACACUGGUUCUCAGCCGAAACUCCAUUGGCCGACUUGAGGUGAACACCUUUGCUGUGACACCACAUCUUAUCCACCUGGACCUCUCUUCAAACCAACUAACAGUGCUGAACUCGUCCAUCUUCACUGGGUUGAAGAACCUAAAAGAGCUGCUGCUUUUUGGCAACCAGAUAAUCCAGAUUAACCCUGGCGCCUUCAGCGAUCUUUACAGCCUACAGAGGCUCUACCUCUCUGGAAACAGACUGACGGCGUUCCCCCUGGGGCUUUAUUGGGAACCUGGAGGGCCUCGUAAUCUGACCUUCCUUGAUCUUUCGUACAACAAGCUCUCCAAGGUGCCCAUCCAGAGCCUGCUGUCUCUCACCCGGCAAGGUGGAAUUUAUUUGCAGGAAAACCCUUUGGUCUGUGACUGUGCUUUACUCGCCUUGCUGGAAUACUGGAUGUGGAAACAGUAUCGCCCCCUGGUGGACUUUAGACAUGGAUACCCAUGUAGAGAUGAUUCAGGACUGGGGUCCGAAUGUAGCCAGGAGUUAGUUUCAGAUAUGCCCCUUGAGGUGCAGACUUUCCAAGUAGAGCCUGGUAAAUUGCUAAAAGUACCAUGUCCAGGGUUGGCCUCCUCAGCCCAAGAGAGGCAAGAGGUGUUCUGGCUUACCCCCAAGACUGUGGUGAAUUCAUCAACUUAUGAUCCGAGUGACCACUUAAUAGUUUUCCCCAAUGGCACCCUUGAAAUCCGAGGAGCCCUGAUAGAGGAUUCUGGUACGUACAGGUGUGUGGCAGCCCGCGGACGCCAGUAUGACCCCAGUGAGUCUCUGGAGGUCAAUGUGGUGGUCGGGAACUUGAGCACUGCAUCUGCCAGUGGCUUGGCACACAGUAGCAGUACAGAGCAUUUCAACACGGCGUUCACCACCCUGGCUUCCUGUGUGGUUAGCAUCAUACUGGUGCUGCUCUACCUCUACCUCACUCCCUGUCGAUGCCGGGACAACCGGGGAUCGAGAGGGUGUGGUGGACGAGCCAUCAUCCUCUGCUCAGACCCCAGAGAGGUAGAGUCGGGACAGCGACGGUCAAAUGGAAAGAGGGUGGCUUUCUUAGAGCCUCAAGCCGAGGACUCUGAUAUUGGUGGUCUAAAAACACCAGCAAUAAAUUUGGGUCAUGUUACCACUGAGGGAAUUCUUAAGAAUGGAAGUAGGACAGUGGGACAGACCUUCACAGAUGCUGCUCAUAUGGCAUAG